AAAGAUCUAGGAGAGCAGUUCUCCUCCGAGCUCCAAGCUAUCGACUCUCUGGAGGCUAAAGGAGGAGAAGAAAGUUAAAAGAGAACCAGAUGCAGCAGAGUGCCUUCACCUCCAACUGCAGAGAGCGCAGCAGAUGGGCACCUGGCUCUGAGGGCGCCAUGGAGACGGAGGGCGCCGCCGUUCGCUCCAUCUACUACGGCCGGAUCGGGAGCAAAGUCACCGAGAAGCUGCUGGAGAGGUUCGGAUGCGACGGCAGCUUUCUGCUGAGGGACAGCGAGACGGUGCCCGGGGCCUACUGUCUGAAGGCGCCCUUCGUACACACCUACAGGCUGGAGCGCGACGGCGACGGCUGGUACCUCCAGGAUUUAAGAGGAAGACUGCUGAAGUUUGGGACUGUUGAGUCGCUGAUCGAUCACUACAGAAGCCACCCGACCUCCCAUCAAGGCGUAGCUCCCCUCACCCUUCCUCUGGACCGAGCGACGGUACCGAGCAACUGGAUUCAAGGACUCGUCUACAUGGAGAUGAACUGCGGCGGCCAGUCCGGCCAGUGAGACCCCGUCGCCACGCCGACCGCUCUCGGAUCAUCUUCUUCCAUCUGUUGCUUCAGCCGAAACCUUUCCAUAUUUAUUUUUGUAUUAGCGUUUGUAUUUUCUGAUAUGCUUUUUGAAAUAAAUGUAAACCCUUUGGCGUUUAAAGUUCCUGGGAAGAGCACUGAAGAGUGUAUGUUUUUUUUUUUUGCUGAUGUCUGUGUGUGUGGUGAAGGUGUUUCUGCCUUGAAUUAAUGCAGCGUAAUUAUGGGGUGUAAUCCUCUGUCUGAUCUGCUGUGGUUUCCUCUCUGCAGACCUGCGUUCUUUAUCUGAGCUCCAUCGCUGCCUGUCUGCGCGAGACGGCUUCGGCUCGCAGCCCCGACGCUUUCCUUCAGAUUUCACACCAAAGGGAUUUUCUGUGCGCUUCAGCUAAUGGCUCUGUUUUGAACCUCUUUAUGUCUGCGGUUCGCUCUCCUCCCUGUUAUCUGAAGGCAUCAGACAGGCGACAGCAGUGGAGGAAACGGAGAAGCGCGCGGCGGGUGCGCGAGCGCGCGCUGCGGGAGAGGCUGUUUCACUGCGGGAGUUUUAAUUGUUCGUUUUUGCGCCACAAGCCUCCACUCGCUUGUGAUAUCAGGUGAAACAAGACAACAACAAAAAAAAAAGACUGAAGCUUUUGCAUUGGACCGCUCGUUUGCAGGGCACGUGUGGUUUUAUUUGCUUCCUUUUUGUUAUAUAAACAAGUUAAUUAUUGAGGUGUUUGUCAACUAAACUUUUAGCUUUUGCUCCAUGCAACUGGUAUAUAAUACAGUAAAGAAUUUCACCU